AUAAAUUUAGAAUUUAAUAAAAAAAAUUCGAAUUGGUAAUAGUAUAAGAUAAUGCCAUAGUGUGAAAAUUUCCCCUUGAAAAUCUUGCAAAUAAAGACUCAUGAUUGGUCAAACAAACCAAGAGCCACCCUUUCCACUAUUUCUCCCUUUUCCUAGAAGAAUUUAUGGCACAAAAUAUUAAAAAUGAAACAAAAAAUAACUAUCUCCUUAAAAAGCGAAAUCAACAUCCCAGAAGUUGCUAAAACCUCAGAGCUAGCGAAAAUGGCACCUCAAUUUUCCUUCGUUUCUCUCACUAAUCAAUCCUUCAUUCCACCUCAAUUUUCCCUCUAAAAUCUCCACUUCAUCAAUGGGGAGCGGCAAGCAGCGGUGGAAGAUCUCCUUUCACAAAUCGCCGUUGAAUUCCUCGCCGCUCAAGAAGCACAUUCCAGUCGAGUUCCUCUGCCCACUCUCCGGCUCGAUCAUGGCGGAUCCCGUCAUCGUCUCCUCCGGCCACACAUUCGAGCGCAGCUGCGUCCACGCCUGCGUCUCCCUCUCCUUCCACCCCUCUCUCCACGGCGCCGCCGCCGCCGAUUUCUCCGCCGUCAUCCCCAACCUCGCCCUCCGCUCCACCAUCCUCAAUUGGUGCCGCCGCCACCACCUCGACCCCCCGACCCCCCUCGACUUCUUCUCCGCCGAGAAAAUCGUCCGUCAAUUGAUGCCCUCGCCGCCGCCGCCGCCCGAUUUAACUCGAUCGCCGAGCGUAGUCUCCGCCGCCAGCUCGGAGGAGUCGCGGUCGCGGACUCCUCUCCCCCUAAUCAACUCGACUCGCCCUUCGUGCUACUCGUCUUCCUCCUCAUCCAGCGAAAUCGACAUCACGUCGAAUUCGAUUCUAUUGGAAGAGGAAGAAUUGUACAAGAAGCUGAAAAGCGCUCAAAUCUACGAGCAGGAGGAGGCGCUGGCAUCCCUCCGGAAACUGUCGCGAACCAGAGAGGACACCCGCGCCUGCCUCUGCACGCCGCGGAUGCUAACCGCUCUGAAAUCGCUCAUCACCUCCAGAUACUCGAACCUGCAGGUGAACGCCGCGGCGGCGCUGGUGAACCUGUCGCUGGAGAAGCGGAACAAGGUGAAGAUCGUGCGGUCGGGGAUCGUGCCGCCGCUGAUCGACGUCCUGAGGGGUGGACACGGCGAGGCGCAGGACCACGCAGCCGGCGCGCUCUUCAGCUUAUCCCUGGACGAGCAGAACAAGACGGCGAUCGGGGUUCUGGGGGCGCUGCCGCCGCUUCUCCACGCGCUGCGGUCCGACUCGGAGCGGACUCGGCACGACUCGGCGCUGGCGCUGUACCAUCUGUCGCUGGUGCAGAGCAACCGGGUGAAGAUGAUCAAGCUCGGGGCGGUGCAGAUUCUGCUGGGGAUGGUGAAGUCGGGGCAUAUGUUGGGUCGGGUCAUGCUGGUAUUGUGCAACUUGGCGGGGAGCGUGGAGGGGAGGGCGGCGAUGCUGGACGGCGGCGCGGUGGAGUGUUUUUUGAGGCUGUUGAGGUCGGAGGAGUUUGAAUCGAGCGAAGAGAGCUGCGUGGCGGCGUUGUACGGGCUGAGCUACGGCGGGUUGAGGUUCAAGGGGCUAGCGAAGGAGGGCGGGGCGGAGGCGGUGGUGGAGAGGGUGGAGAAAAGGGGGAGGAGCGAUCAGGCGAGGGAGAAUUGCAGGAGGAUUUUGGAGGUGCUGAGAGAGAAAAUCGAUGAAGAUGAGGAUGUGAAUUGGGAGGAAUUGUUGGGUUUCAACGAUGAUCUUGAUCUCUCCCGCUCCCGCUCCUCUUCUUGAUUCGAAAUCAAAUAGUAUAAUAUUUGUGGAUAAAGAAUUUUGGUGGGUGUGGAUUUGGAAGAUUGGAAUUUAAGCUGGUUGGUUGGUUUCUUGUAUGAUUUUGGUGUGAUGUGUAUUUAAUUAGGUGGAUUUGUCACAAAUGAAUUAGUGGAUUUGUGUUACACUUAUAACUUGAAUGGGGAUUUGGAAAACACAUUCUUGCUUGA